ACUAUCUCAGUUCCACACCGGUGUUGGAGCAAGAUCGAUCCCAAUUCGUGACCUAGUUGUGCAAGAAUAGAGCAGGAAGUCGGAUGAGUCCUCGGGCUGAGGACAAAGAACAGCCUGGUUGCAUUGGGCACGGAUUCUGCUGCCGCCGGCUGAUGUAGUUGGUCUAGCCUAGCGUAUGGGACCUCGGUUCGACACGCAACAAGACCCCAACAAGUACUGUGCACAUCAGACUUCCACCUCAGAGACAAAGGGGGACGCGGAUAGGAUUUGGAUUCUAUGAGUUUCUGGUGUAGAAUGAGCAGAUGUUCUGUAUCUUCUGCCUAGGAAGUGGCACUUAUUCGAAUCGAUUUUCUCCUUUAUCCCAGGCAGUAUACUUAAGAGUGGACCUCCCCUUCUGAAAGCAAAACGAAACACGGCGGAAGCCGGGCAGAGACCUCCUCUUGAGUUCCAUAGCACUUUAUUGAACACACAACACCACAAAGUGUGCUUUACUUUUGAAAUUUGGGCCGGGCGCUCCACCUGUCAGAUCUGGGGCAGACAUGCAAGUGUUUUGACAUCGGCAGUUGUGACACCUGAAGAGUGUGUGAGUGAAACGUGAGACUGCAAAGAGAGCACUUGCUGAAUGUCUCCUGCACAAAAAGUUUGAGUUUCCAUCUUGCUGUGGUUGCUACACGUCAUAAUUUGAAGGACUUCCUGGGACCACAGAAGCCUUUUGCAUGGACUUACGUGAACCACUUCUCAAAAAGUGAGGCGGAUCCAUAUGUUUGCAAUAUAAACUGCAUUCAUGGAAUGGACAAGAAACCUUUUGUUGAGUUGCAUCUUAAUGUGGGCAGUUUUUUUUGGGUGGCAGAAAACCUGCAUAUUUUGGAAUAACUGGAAUUAGAGAGGCACAAAGAACACGUGGGAAUUCUGCAUGUUAACAGCUCAGCUUUUUUAGAUGUAUUAUCUACAUAGAAGAACAUACAAUUGUAUAAGCUGCAACUGUAGCCAUGGCAUUGUGUGACCUUUUAAGCCAUAUGAGAAGUAUUUCUGAGCCUUGGUAUCAAACAUAGGUUUAUCUGAUCAGCAAUACACUAUGUGCUAAUCAGGAGCACAUUUAGAUGGGAAGAUGCCUGUUGGCCAUACAGAGCUGCUACUGACCAGUAUAUGAGGGGAUGAAGGGUCCACGGAUUGCAUUGUCCUGUGGCCAAGUUCCAUGCAGCACACAUGUCUGCUUGGAUUUAAGGAUCUACUUUAAAUGAAACGUUAAGAUGUGUUGUCAUUUCUGACCUGUCCCAGAGAAGAAAGUCUGUAAAAUGGCUCAGACCAGCUUGCUGCAGGGGAAGCAGUUUUAUUGUAGAGAGUGGGUUUUUCACAAGCUUCAGCACUGCCUCCAGGAAAAGUCAAGCUGCAGCAACAACAGCACUGCCAACAAACCAUCCAUUGUGCUGAAUUCUGGGACUAAUACUUCUGUUGUCCCUGGCAAGGGAACUGCCUGGGGUGUGCUGUUGGUCGGAGGGCCUGGCAGUGGCAAGACAGCCCUCUGUACUGAAUUACUGUGGCCAAGCUCACCUGCCGGUCUACAAAGAGGCUUACAUCACCAAGCCCUGGCUUUCCACUUUUGCAGAGCUCAGGACUCGGACACUCUCUGUGUGGGAGGCUUCAUUAGAGGGUUAGUUGCCCAGAUCUGUUGCAGUGGACUGAUUCAGGGAUUCGAGGACAAACUGAGAGAUCCCGCUGUUCAAAGUCUCUUGCAGCCUGGGGAGUGUGAGAGGAACCCAGCUGAAGCAUUUAAAAGGUGCAUUCUGUUGCCCCUUCUAGGAGCGAAGCCACCCCAGCAAAGUUUCUUCCUCCUCGUAGAUUCUGUGGAUGAGGGUUGUAACAUUGUAGAAGGGGACCAGACAUCUAUAGGCUUAUCUGGAACUAUAGCUGAACUUCUAGCUAGUCACUAUGAGUUUUUCCCUCCGUGGUUGCUGCUCCUGUGCUCUGCCCGGAAGCAGAGCAAAGCUGUUACAAAAAUGUUUACUGGGUUUCGAAAAAUAAGCCUUGAUGAUCUUCGAAAGGCUUAUAUUGUGAAAGAUGUUCAACAGUAUAUUCUUCAUCGCUUAGAUCAAGAAGAAGCACUGAGACAACAUCUCACAAAAGAAACUGCAGAAAUGUUGAAUCAGCUUCACAUUAAAAGCAGUGGAUGUUUUCUGUAUCUGGAACGUGUCCUAGAUGGAGUAGUAGAAAACUUUAUCAUGUUAAGAGAAAUCCGUGAUAUCCCUGGAACACUCAAUGGCCUCUAUCUUUGGCUUUGUCAAAGACUUUUUGUGAGAAAACAGUUUGCAAAGGUCCAACCUAUUCUGAAUGUAAUCCUUGCUGCUUGCAGGCCACUCACUAUGGUUGAAUUGUUCCAUGCGGUGUGGACCAAAAACAUGGCAUUGUCUAUAGAGGACUUCCAGCGCAAGCUAGAUAUUCUGUCAAAAGUUCUUGUUGAUGGUCUUGGAAAAACAAAGAUCCUUUUUCACUACAGUUUUGCAGAAUGGCUGCUGGAUGUGAAGCACUGUACACAAAAAUAUUUGUGCAAUGCAGCAGAAGGACAUAGAAUGCUAGCAAUGAGUUACACCUGUCGAGCCAAGGAUUUAUCACCACUAGAGGCUCAAGAAUUUGCUUUGCAUCUAAUUGAUUCAAAUUUGCAACUGGAGACCUCUGAGUUGGCUUUGUGGAUGAUCUGGAAUGGUACGCCUGUCAAAGAUUCUUUGUCAACAUUGAUCCCCAAAGAACAAGAAGUUUUGCAAUUGCUAGUAAAAGCAGGCGCUCAUGUCAACAGUGAGGAUGAUCGGACAUCUUGCAUUGUACGGCAGGCUUUGGAAAGAGAAGAUUCAAUUCGAACUUUAUUGGAUAAUGGUGCUUCAGUAAACCAGUGUGAUUCAAAUGGGAGAACACUGUUGAGCAAUGCUGCGUAUAGUGGCAAUCUUGAUGUAGUCAAUUUGCUAGUUUCUAGAGGAGCAGAUUUAGAAAUUGAAGACACGCAUGGGCAGACGGCACUUACUUUAGCUGCUCGCCAGGGACACACCAAAGUUGUCAAUUGCUUGAUCGGAUGUGGUGCUAACAUAAAUCAUACUGACCAUGACGGGUGGACAGCACUGCGAUCCGCAGCUUGGGGUGGGCAUACUGAGGUAGUUUCUGCACUCCUUUAUGCUGGAGUAAAAGUGGACUGUGCAGAUGCUGACAGUCGAACAGCCUUGAGAGCAGCAGCCUGGGGAGGCCAUGAAGAUAUUGUGCUGAAUCUGUUGCAGCAUGGGGCUGAGGUCAACAAAGCAGAUAAUGAAGGUAGAACUGCUUUAAUUGCAGCAGCAUACAUGGGUCAUAAAGAGAUUGUGGAGCAUCUGCUGGACCAUGGUGCAGAAGUAAACCAUGAGGACGUGGAUGGAAGGACUGCUCUCUCUGUUGCUGCUCUUUGUGUACCUGCCAGUAAGGGACAUGCUUCAGUUGUGAGCCUUUUAAUUGACCGUGGCGCUGAGGUGGACCAUUGUGACAAAGAUGGCAUGACUCCGCUGCUGGUGGCAGCCUAUGAAGGACAUGUAGAUGUUGUUGAUUUGCUUCUGGAAGGUGGAGCAGAUGUAGAUCACACUGAUAAUAAUGGUCGUACUCCUCUUCUUGCUGCAGCUUCAAUGGGCCAUGCAUCUGUUGUAAAUACUCUGUUGUUUUGGGGGGCAGCUGUGGAUAGCAUCGAUAGUGAAGGACGGACAGUUCUUAGUAUAGCCUCUGCACAAGGUAAUGUUGAAGUAGUCCGGACUCUGCUGGAUAGAGGGUUAGAUGAAAAUCAUAGAGAUGAUGCAGGAUGGACACCUUUGCACAUGGCAGCUUUUGAAGGACACAGAUUAAUAUGUGAAGCACUUAUAGAACAAGGUGCGCGAACAAAUGAAAUUGAUAAUGAUGGGCGCAUAGCCUUCAUAUUGGCUGCUCAGGAAGGUCACUAUGAUUGUGUGCAGACCUUACUGGAAAACAAGUCUAAUAUUGAUCACAGAGGCUAUGAUGGAAGAAAUUCACUCCGUGUUGCUGCUUUAGAAGGCCAUAGAGAUAUAGUUGAGCUACUCUUCAGCCAUGGAGCUGAUGUGAACUACAAAGAUGCUGAUGGCCGCCCAACGCUUUAUAUCUUGGCUUUAGAGAACCAGCUAACAAUGGCUGAGUAUUUUUUAGAAAAUGGUGCAAAUGUAGAAGCAAGUGAUGCUGAAGGAAGGACGGCACUCCAUGUUUCCUGCUGGCAGGGCCAUGUGGAGAUGGUACAGAUGCUGAUAACAUACCAUGCUGAUGUGAAUGCUGCAGACAAUGAGAAACGAUCAGCUUUACAGUCUGCCGCAUGGCAGGGCCACGUCAGAGUAGUUCAGCUUUUGAUUGAGCGUGGGGCCCUAGUUGACCAUACAUGUAAUCAAGGUGCUACUGCACUCUGCAUUGCAGCCCAAGAAGGGCACAUUGAUGUUGUGCAGAUAUUACUGGAACAUGGUGCUGAUCCAAAUCAUGCGGAUCAAUUUGGGCGCACAGCUAUGCGCGUUGCUGCAAAAAAUGGGCACACGCAGAUAAUUAAAUUACUGGAAAAAUAUGGUGCUUCUAGUCUAAAUGGCUGCACUCCUUCUCCGGUCCAUACAAUGGAGCAGAAACCUUUGCAGUCAGCUUCUUCAAAAAUGCAGUCCUUAACCAUAAAAUCCAAUAGUUCAGGGAGCACUGGUGGGGGAGAUAUGCAGCCUGCUUUGCGUGGCUUGUCGAAUGGGCCAGCUCAUGCCUUUAGUUCUCCUUCUGAAUCUCCUGAUUCGACAGUUGAUCGGCAGAAGUCCUCUUUGUCCAAUAAUUCUCUGAAAAGCUCAAAAAACUCAUCUCUUCGCACAACUUCAUCCACAGCAACUGCCCAGACAGUGCCAAUUGAUAGUUUCCACAGUAUGUCCUUUACGGAACAAAUACAACAGCAUUCGUUGCCCCGCAGUAGAAGCAGGCAGUCCAUUGUUUCUCCUUCUUCCACAACUCAUUCCUUAAGUCAGAAUCAUAGUUCACCAAACAGCGAAUUUGAAUGGAGCCAAGUGAAACCCAGCUUGAAAUCGACGAAAGCAAGCAAAGCGGGCAAAAUGGAGAACUCCAGCAAAUCAGGUUCUGCUGGGAAAAAAGUGAAACAGAGCACCUCCUCUCAACCAAAAGUUCUUGAAUAUGAAAUGACUCAAUUUGAUAAAAGGAUACCUGUUGCCAAAUGUGGGGCCAGUGGGGCCCUUAAAUCAAUGCCUAGUGACACUCAGUGUAAAAUUUUAGUCCCUCCAGCCCAUCAAGAAGUUUGCCGAUCUCAACAGCAGUUCCUGAUCCACCAACAAAGUGGGGAGCAGAAAAAGAGAAACGGAAUAAUGACCAAUCCAAAUUACCAUCUUCAGAGCAAUCAGGUUUUUCUUGGCAGAGUUUCUGUCCCACGAACAGUACAGGAUCGAGGGCAUCAGGAGGUUUUGGAAGGCUAUCCUUCUGCAGAGACAGAGUUAAGCCUUAAGCAAGCCUUAAAACUUCAAAUUGAGGGAAAUGACCCAAGCUUCAACUAUAAGAAGGAAACGCCAUUGUAAGAGGCAGCUUCAUCACACCAUGAAUAAAAAGAAGAGGUUUCUGCCUAGAAUGGUUUGUCAGCUGGGCCAGGAUCAAAGCAUGUCUUGCUUGUUGAACCACAUUGAAAAUUAUGGAUGUGAUCACUGCAGUACAGUUAUUUUGAUUACUGUUAUGUGCCUAAAAAAAACUUAAGGCUGCCUUCUUAAUGUAAUCUUCUGUGCUCCAGAAACUUUAUUUUGUGUAUUUUGUACUUAAUACACAAAAUAAGCACUUUCUUUUCUUCCUCAGUACCAGAACAAGAUAUGCUGUAUUUCCCUCACACAGCUGAAAAAUGGUCAAGAGCUAGAAAUUUCAGUUUUCUUUUCCGGAAGGCUUGAUCAGUGUAAAUGUGCCACAGUGGACUUUGUGACAAAAGGCAAUCCUUACUGUAUUUAUUUACCUUCAUGUGCAAAAGAAGCUCUGCACACAGUCAAAAUGACAAAGAGUGUUCUGUGUCACCUUAAAGGCUAAGGGAAUCCCUCCCAUGUUGCUCCAGUCACUUUAAGAGGCCUUUUGAACCCAGAUUCAAUGCUAUUUUUCUCCUUCCUGUUUCUAUCCUCAGUACUGCAGCAUACUUUUAAUGUUAAACUUUAAAGUGUCAUUGGACAUUGUGUCAUUUUGCUGUAGGGUUCACAUGAUCAACAUCUACAUAAAAUGCCCCAUCUAUGCCCACAGGGUACCAUUUGCAUGUAGAAUAUGGUAUUGAUGGAUGAGCCAACUGACAUAUAGCCAUAGCAAAAACUGAUACUAUUUGUGGCUGCUCAGAAAUUGCCUCUGGAAUCCCAGACCUCAAUGCCUAGGUCUAUGGAUAAUCUAGUUCAUACAUUGCAUUCUUUAUUUGCUCAUGUAACACAACAAAGGUCACUGCAAGCAUGUAACAUAGAACUCAUUUUGAACAUGUAGACCAGCCCAAACACAAGCUCCUCUUCUGUACACCUUACAUCGCAUUUGCAUUGCUGUAAUAUACAGUUGGUUUUCUGUGUUGUUCAAAUGUUUCUCAUAGGAAAAGCAACUCUUGUGACGGUAUUGGCUAAACUGCAGUGUUUGUGUUCAGCUUUGGUUAGCAGUGUCGGGGGGAACAAUACUACAAUUCAUCAGGCCCUGUCUCUACCAUCCAGUUUAAAAGUUGUUCGUGAAAAAGCAGUCCAGUUCCCAUAGUGCCUUCUUUAAUUAGGGUGCACCUGUAUUUAAACUGACUUCUGCCUCUAAUACAGGUAUCCAAUAUCAAUCGUUGCCCUAACACCUGCAUUUAGUCUCCCCUAGCCAGCCCCCUUUCCGUUGGUUUAGGCUUAUGGGUGGAAGAGGUGUAGCUCAGUAGUAGAGCACAUAUUUGACAUGGAUAAGGGCCCAUAUUCAGUCCCUGGCAUCUUGAUUUAAAGCAGGGGUAGUGAGCCAGUGUCCCUCCAGAUGUAGUUGGUGUGCAGCUCCCCUCUUACCUGCCCAUUGGCCAUAUUGACAGGGGCUAAUGGGAGUUGAAGUCCAGCAGCAUCUGAAGGGCUGCAGGCUCCCCACACCAGACUUAAAGGAUUCCUGUUAAAGGACUGAGGAAACACACUGCCAGACUAGAUGGACCUUAGACAGUUUCAUGUGCUCACAGGUGAAAUCAUUGGGAACCCCUGGCAAGAAGAGGGCCUUGGUACUGUCCCCAGGAACCUGCAAAAAUCUCGUAAAAGCAACAUUAGUUCAUUUCUAGUUGCUGUCUGUUGUGUUCACUGCAUGCCAAAAACUCUGAUAACUUUUCAGGUAUUUACCUUGCCACCUGUUAUGUUAUCAUUGGUUCAGAUGUAAAUUGUAGCUUCUGAGCUACCCUUGGUCUUGAUAAUUAGUCAAACAUCACCAUCCAAGAUACAAAUAAUACUAUAAAAAUGAAUUUUACAAAAACUUUUCAAUUCCUCCUUCUUCAAAUGCAUUUUUAAAGUCCCAGAAUGCCUCACAAGAGCUUCAUUUCUACAUAAUGGUCAGGGGUGAUAUGAGCUGUAGUCCAACAUUAUCUGGAGAGCCACCGGUUACCCAUUCUUGACCUAAGUACUUGGGUAAAAAUGUUGCUAAAUGACUUGGUAUGGGUGUCACAGCAUCACCCGCAACAUGUUCAGAACUUAAGUACUGGGUGUUGUCAAUACUGCACUAAAAUAGAGCUUUUCUUGUGAGAUGUACGUUUUGAUAUGUUGAAAGACCUCCCUAAAGGUUGCCUUCCUCUCUGGAUCUCAGCUGUUGCUGAAAUAGUAUUUAUUUAAUUGUAUUGGGUUUUUUAUUAUUACAGUAUGUACCUUGUGACUAGAUGAUGACAUUUCUGGCCAUUUUCACAAGGAGGUUAUGCAUUGCCUUCAUAAUUUUCAGCAGAAUAUAAUCUUAACGUUUUUUAAAAUAGCUGGUGGGGGUAACAUGCCCAAGCACAGGCACCAGCUACAGGAAAGUCAGCUGGAAAUUGCUGCCUUUCAGAUAAUUGAAAUAAAAUUCCUGCGCAUUUCCAGAGAUGCGUGGGAAUGCAGCAUGUGUUUCUCUUUUAAAAAGUAUCCAUUGACAAGAGUGUGAGAUUGUUCCGCAUUGCUUUAAUGAAAUGAUUUUUUUUAAUAUAUUGGCUUUUGUGGCCUCUCUUAAAGGUAAAAUUAAUUGCCCUGAAAUAUUAGCAGUUCUGUCUUUUCUUGAAAUUGUGAAUUGAUGGGUAUGAUUCAGUUCUUCUAAGCCAUGGUUUGGCAGGGGUGAUCAGUUAUAAUUCAGCAAAAUUCAAGACACUUUUUUUUCCCCCAUAUCAUAAAUCUCUGUAUCUCUAGUCCUAUUUUCAUCUUUCUUUUCCCUAUAUUAUCCAAAGUAAUCCACAGAGGAAACUAGGAAAAGUUGCAAUUCAUGACUAGGAGAGUAGGGAAAAGACUGGUGAGCAUUAAUCUCUCUACCAUUCAUGUGCUAAGGAAGUCACCUUAAAAGGGAAGUGAAUGAUAAAUUUAUCUGUCAGAAUUGAACAUCCUUAUACUGUAGUGAUGCCCUUUAGUCCUUGUCAUGAUCAGUAUUUGAAAAUGGCUUUGCUUUUACUUAAAGCAUCAUUUUCUCUUGUCAACUAUGCUGCUAUGCAAAUGUCUGUUUAUGCUCUAUAUCCUUCAUUGGAACUCUUCAAAUAACAUGGUGCGCUAAACUAAGACUUUUCUGGAUUGGAUUGUAAAUAGCCUAUAAUGUACAUUGAAUUUCACAUUGUAAAAUUUUAUUUUAUUUCUUGUAUUAUAUUAAGCAAAAAUCCUUAUGUAU